AUGUUCGAGUAUCACGAUGCUCCUAUAGGAGGACAUCGUGGCCGAGAGAAAACAUAUCUCACGGUGAGUCGAGACUUUUACUGGCCCCGCCAGUAUCAGUUUGUGCGAAAGUAUGUUCGCGCAUGCAAAGUCUACCAACGAGUGAAGUCAAGUCCUUCACUGCGUGCACCUUUACAGCCUCUACCGGUUCCGGCUGAGUGCUGGGAAUCCAUCUCAAUGGAUUUUGUCUUCGGGUUACCCAAAGACGCACGCGGGAAUACGGGUAUUCUCGUAUUCGUUGACAGAUUCAGCAAAAUGGUACACCUUGUGGCUGUACCAGAGACAAUCACGGCAAGUGGCUGUGCUUGUGUCUUUAUUGACACCAUCUUCCGACUUCAUGGGUUUCCCCGUGAACUCGUAUCAGACAGAGAUCCACGAUUCACUGCUGAUUUCUGGCGUUCCGUGUUCAAAUCACUCGGAACGCGCUUGAAGAUGUCGACAUCUGAUCAUCCAGAGUCAGAUGGUCAGACGGAACGUGCCAAUCGUGUCCUUGAAGAGAUACUUCGAGAAUACGUACACUCCUUUAAGAGUUGGAGUGAUUUUUUGCCAAUGGUAGAGUUUGCCAUUAACAACUCGGUGCAUGCGUCCACGACACAUACACCGUUUUACGUGAAUGGCUUGCGCCGUCCGCGUGUACCCACCUUACUAGAGUGUAACUCUGGUUUAAGGGGGGGAGGGACUCGCGCGAGCAAAAACCGAAUUGGUUCACGCUCAUCACGCUCUGACGAAGAGGUCAUUGCGUUUGAUGCCGAUAUCGAUAACAUCGAUAUUGAAGAAGAUGAUCCCAGUGAGAGUGCGGAAGCCCUCACUGAAGAAGAUGAUGCCAGUGAGAGUGCGGAAGCCCUCACUGAAGAAAAGGUUGAUGUUGCUGCAGUGCGCUCACAGCGCACUGAAGCUAACGAGUCAUCAGAUGAGUUCAUACUGGCUCGUGGAACGGUAGUCCGUUUUGUGCAAGAUUCCAUCGCCGAAGCGGUGGAUAAGCAAAAGCAAAACGCUGACAAGAAUGGAAGGGCAAACACUCUUUUUUUUUAA